CCUCCACUCAGGUGGUCUUCUCCUUCGACGUGGGUAACGGGCCGCUGGAGGUUCGCGUGGAGUCGAGCGAGCCGCUGAACGACAACCGGUGGCAUCGAGUGCGAGCCGAGCGCAACGUCAAGGAGGCGUCGCUACGAUUGGACGGACUCCCUGUGGCCACUCAGGAAGCUCCUGCUGACGGACACUUCCGCCUGCAGCUCAACAGCCAGCUCUUCAUAGGAGGCACAGCGUCCAGGCAGAAGGGCUUCCGGGGCUGCAUUCGCUCCCUGCAGCUGAACGGGGUCACUCUGGACCUGGAGGAGAGGGCGAAGAUCACACCCGGGGUUCGACCCGGCUGCCCGGGUCACUGCAGCAGCUACGGCUCGCUCUGCCAAAACCAGGGCCGCUGUGUGGAGAGAGCCAACGGCUUCCACUGUGACUGCAGCCUGUCGGCAUACACAGGAGUCUUCUGCAACACAGAGGUGUCGGCCAGCUUCAAAUCCGAGACCUCCGUCAGCUACACGUUCAAGGAGCUUUACGAGUUAAGAGGAAACAGCAGCGCUCUGCCGUCCUCCAUCUACUCCGACACGACGCUGAGAGGAGAGAACGUCUCCCUGAGCUUCAGAACCAAUCAGAGUCCGGCUGUGCUGUUCUACGUCAGCUCCUACUACAGAGAGUACCUGGCCCUGCUCAUCAACAAGCAUGACAUGCUGGAGGUGAGAUACAAGCUGGACAGCAGCAGAGAGGCUGAAGUGUUGAGGAGCAGAGUGAGGAGUCUGGCUGACGGACAGCUUCACACCGUUUCCAUCAGGAGACAGGCCGACUCUGUGACUGUGCAGGUAAGAUCACCUCAUCAGCUCAUCACAUUCUUCCUCCUAACACAGAAGCAGUUCUUUCCUACAUAA